AUUGUAGCAUGCCCCUAGCUCAAUUAGCAGAUCCGUUUCAGAAGAUACAUGAAGAAAAGAUAAUCGAGCAACACCAAGACGAUAGCAUCAUUGAGCAAGAGGAGGAGAAUGGGGAUGACGUGGUGGAAGUACCAGUUACAGGGACGGACGGAGAACGGGUCGGACCUAACUGUUUUGAGUUGAUGACCAUCCUCGGUCAGGGCUCAUUUGGCAAGGUGUUUCUAGUGAGGAAGCGUGGUGGAGUUGAUAAUGGGGUGCUCUACGCGAUGAAAGUUUUAAAAAAGGCUUCUCUAAAAGUACGAGACAGAGUGCGGACAAAGAUGGAACGUGACAUAUUAGCUCAGAUAAAACACCCCUUUAUUGUGGACCUUAAAUAUGCGUUCCAAACAGAGGGCAAGCUGUAUUUAAUCUUACAGUUUCUUCGCGGGGGAGAUCUGUUCGGCAGACUGUCUAAAGAGGUAAUGUUCACAGAGGAAGAUGUGAAGUACUAUUUAGCUGAGAUUUGUUUAGCACUCGGUCAUCUACAUAAACUGGGAAUUAUUUACAGAGAUCUUAAACCAGAAAAUAUACUACUGGACGUUGAUGGUCACAUAAAACUCACGGACUUUGGCCUUUGCAAAGAGGGUCUAGAGAAAGGAGACGAGGAUAAAACCUUCUCUUUUUGUGGAACUGUAGAGUACAUGGCUCCUGAGGUAGUAAGUAGAAAGGGACACGGAACCACGGCAGAUUGGUGGUCGUUUGGAGUUCUUAUGUUCGAAAUGUUAACGGGGGCCCUACCCUUUCAAGCUUCCAACAGGAAGGACACCAUGCAUCUUAUACUCAAGGCGAAACUAGGAAUGCCUCAAUUCCUGUCAUCAAAAGCUCAGAGCUUGCUACGCGCAGUCUUCAAACGUAAUCCCAACAACCGCUUAGGGAAGCCACCAUUGGAUUAUAUAGAAAUAAAGAAUCACGACUUUUUCGCCACCAUUGAUUUCGAUAGACUAAACAAAAGGCGUUGAAACCUCCCUUCCGACCUACAAUCGGUACGAACGAACUCAUUACUUGACACUGAGUUCACUGUUAAGGUACCUAGUGAAGCCCCUGCCGCGCCAGUCAGCGCUGCUUCUCAUC